GUGGUGGUGCGAUUUCUGGCCGGCCGUGGCAGCCUGUCGUUGUGUCGGGACGUGAGAUGUCUCGUCUUCUGUUGUUUUUUGCUCUUCUUGCCAUCGGCUUAUGUUCCAUUCGUCAUCGAAAAGUUCGGCCAUGUACGUCAGGACUUUGUGAAAUCAGUGCCGCUGUCACGUCAGGCAACCCUUCGUGAGCGAUUGCUUGGCUCUGGAAACUGGGAAGACUAUCGACGACAACGAAGUCACUAUGAGAAGAAGCUGUUUGCAAAAUAUGCAGCCAAUAAACCAGCCAAACUACAGUCAUCAUCGGAAAUCGAUGAACUUCUCCGAAACUAUAUGGAUGCCCAGUACUUCGGCACAAUCCAGAUCGGAACACCUGCGCAGAAUUUCACUGUCAUCUUUGACACCGGAUCAUCGAAUUUGUGGGUCCCAUCGAGGAAAUGUCCGUUCUACGACAUUGCCUGCAUGUUGCAUCAUCGCUAUGACUCUGGCGCGUCGUCAACCUACAAGGAAGAUGGACGUAAAAUGGCGAUUCAAUAUGGAACUGGAUCGAUGAAAGGCUUCAUUUCCAAGGAUACUGUCUGUGUAAGUAAAAAACCAUUUCAACACAUUCAUGUCUGCGCCGAUUUGUCCCAUCUGAUGUUCGCUGGAAUUUGCGCUGAAGAACAACCAUUCGCCGAGGCAACCAGCGAGCCUGGUCUCACUUUCAUUGCCGCGAAAUUCGACGGAAUCCUUGGCAUGGCUUUCCCGGAGAUCGCCGUUCUAGGAGUGUCGCCCGUGUUCCAUACCUUCGUCCAGCAGAAGAAGGUCCCCAGUCCAGUCUUUUCUUUCUGGCUGAAUAGGUAA